AUGAAGAUUUGGAGAACUGAUCGGGAAACAAGAUUGCCAGAGAGCAUAGAGGGCCGGGUAGAAGUUGGGGAAUGUGAGUUUUUAGUGGCUCCCGACAGAGCAAUUUAUGGCCCCAGGAUUGACCUAGAGAAGAUGGAAGAAUCAGGACUCUUUGGAAAACUGGCUGAUUCCAGGGAUGUGGUAGUUAAAAUACAAGAUGGACCUAGAUUUCUUGUGGUACCAGAAAUCAAGGAGGUGCUCAAAAGAAUUCACAUCCUGGAGCAGAAGGAAAACUGGCAGGCAACAAGUGAUGUCACAGUGGACGUUAAAACCAAUUUUACGGUUCCACCAUGGCCUGCGGCCCAGGGACUGCUUCGAAACUACUGGGAGCGACUACUGCGGAAGCUUCCACAGAGCCGGCCGGGCUUUCCUAGUUCUCCGUGGGGACCAGCAUUAGCAGUACAGGGCCCAGCUAUAUUUACAGAGGCAGCAAAUGAUACCAGUGGAAGUAAAGAGAAUUCCAGCCUUUUGUAUAGUAUCUUUUGGAUUGCAGCUCCCAGAAACAGACGCACCAUUGAAGUUAACCUGUGUAGGAGAAGAAACCCUCAGAAGCUUAUUAAAGUUAAGAACAGUAUAGGCGUUGGUCCUGAAUGUGGUCACCUGAAACAGAAAUAUGUCCUUUGUGGCUACUGCUAUGAGAAAGUGCGCAAGGAGACUGCAGAAAUCAGACGACAGACAGGGAAACAAGAAGGGAGGCGUUUUAAGGCUCCCACCAUAGAGACUAUGGUGCUGUACACGGGAGAGACGCCGUCUGAACAAGAUCAGGGCAAGAGGAUGAUUGAACGAGACAGAAAGCGACCAUCUUGGUUCACCCAGAAUUGA